AUGAGCAUGGACUGGGGUUCAACGGUCGAGAUCGGAACUCAAGAAAAUCUAGCUAAAAAUUCCCUCGCAAGUGCCACUUCACUCGAAGAUAGCAUCUUGUUAAUUUUUGUACUGUGCUUUCAUUCGGUGUUUGAGGGCAUUGUGAUUGGAUUAGCCGAGACAAAGGCAGAUGCUUGGCGAGCCCUUUGGACCAUCUGUCUACACAAGAUAUUUGCCGCAAUUGCAAUGGGAAUAGCUCUUCUUAGGAUGAUUCCGAAUUGUCCCCUAUUUUCUUGUGUAGCUUAUGCUUUUGCAUUCGCCAUGUCAAGUCCUAUCGGCAUUGCCAUUGGAAUUAUAAUAGAUGCAAUGAUGCAGGGAGCUGUUACAGACUGGAUUUACGCGAUAUCUAUGGGUCUGGCUUGUGGGGUUUUCAUUUAUGUGUUGAUUAACCAUUUACUAUCAAAGGGUUAUAAGUCUCAAAAAUCGGUUUCAGUCAAUAUGUCACAUCAUAAGUUUCUGGCCGUGUUGGUCGGCGUCGACGUGAUUGUCGUCGUAAUGAUUUGGGAUACUUAAGCUUCCUUUGAUGUUUCUUGAGUACAUGUAAACAC